AUGAAAGCCAGGGCCGGCGUCCCUCGGCCUGAGGAGCUCGAAGCUCUUAGGCUGGAUGUGAGAGGGGCUCGGGCCUGCGAGGCGUGUGGACAGGUUGUGGCCCUGAAGUUCAUUCCAAAAUUGGGACGCUCAGAGAAGGAGCUGAGGAACCUGCAACGAGAGAUUGAAAUCAUGCGGGGUCUGCGACAUCCCAACAUCAUACAUAUGCUUGACAGCUUUGAGACUGACAAAGAGGUAGUGGUGGUAACGGACUAUGCUGAGGGAGAGCUCUUUCAGAUCCUAGAAGAUGAUGGGAAGCUUCCCGAAGACCAGGUUCAGGCCAUUGCUGCCCAGUUGGUGUCAGCCCUGUACUAUCUGCACUCCCACCGAAUCCUGCACCGAGACAUGAAGCCUCAAAACAUCCUCCUUGCCAAGGGUGGUGGCAUCAAACUCUGUGACUUUGGAUUUGCCCGGGCUAUGAGCACCAACACAAUGGUGCUGACAUCCAUCAAAGGCACACCACUUUACAUGUCUCCAGAGCUGGUGGAGGAGCGACCAUAUGACCACACGGCGGACCUCUGGUCUGUGGGCUGCAUCUUGUAUGAACUGGCUGUAGGCACCCCUCCCUUCUAUACCACAAGCAUCUUUGAGCUGGUCAGCCUCAUUCUCAAGGACCCUGUGCGAUGGCCCUCCGGCAUUAGCCCUUGCUUCAAGAACUUCCUUCAGGGACUGCUUACCAAGGACCCCCGGCAGCGUCUGUCCUGGCCAGACCUCUUACAUCACCCCUUCAUUGCUGGCCGUGUUACCAUAAUAACUGAGCCAGCAGCCCUAGAUUUGGGCACCCCAUUCACCAGUCGCCUACCCCCUGAACUUCAGGUCCUAAAGGACGAACAGGCACAUCGGCUGGCCCCCAAGGGUAAUGAAUCUCGCAUCUUGCGUCAGGCACGUAAACACAUGGCUGAGGAGGCCAAGCAGAAGAAACAUGAGAACACAGAACCUGCCAUUGAGCAAGAAGACAGGACCAACAAGGUGGCUUCUGACACAGCCUCUCUGCCCAGGCUAAGGGCCGCCCCUCAGGAACCAGGCCUCUUGGCUGGGAUCUUGGCCUCAGAAAUGAGGAGCAGCUGGGCUGAGUGGGGGGCUGGAGAGGCCCCCCCUGCUCCUCGGGAACACUGGAUCACUGUGGACUGUGAACAAGCAUUUCCAGAGCUGAGGCCAGAGGUGGUGGACCAGAGGAGCAUUGAUGGCGUAGACCUAGAAAAUGAGGAGCCAGACAGUGAUGAGGAGUGGCAACACCUGCUAGAGACCGCCAAGGCUGUGCCCAUUCAACUGAAGGCCCCUCUCACCCUGCUGUGCAAUCCUGACUUCUGCCAGCGCAUUCAGAGCCAGCUACAAGAGGCUGGAGGGCAGAUCCUGAAAGGCACCCUAGAAGGUGCUUCCCACAUCCUCCCUGCACUCCGGGUCCUGAGCAGUCUUCUUUCUGGCUGCAGUGACUCUGUGGCCAUGUAUUCCUUCUGCCGUGAGGCAGGACUGCCUGGGCUGCUGCUCAGCCUACUCAAACACAGCCAAGAGAGCACCAGCAUCCAGCAGCAAUCUUGGUAUGGGACCUUUGUAAGGGACCUAAUGGCUGCAGUUCAGGCCUACUUUGCCUGCACCUUCAACCUGGAGAGGAGCCAGACAAGUGACAGCUUGCUGGUGUUUCAGGAGGCUGCCAACCUCUUUCUGGACUUGUUGGGGAAACUGCUGGCCCAACCAGAUGACUCUGAGCAGACAUUACGGAGGGACAGCCUUAUGUGCUUUACUGUUCUGUGUGAAGCCAUGGACGGGAACAGCCGGGUCAUCUCCACAGCCUUUUACUCCAGCCUGCUGACUAUGCAGCGGGCUGUGUUGGAUGGGCUCCUUCAUGGCUUGACGGUUCCACAGCUCCCUUUCCACACACCCCCAGGAGCCCCACAAGUGAGCCAGCCGCUGCGGGAGCAGAGUGAGGAUCUGCCUGGAGCCAUUUCCUCUGCACUGGCAGCCAUAUGCACUGCUCCUGUGGGGCUGCCUGGUUGCUGGGAAGCCAAGGAGCAGGUCUCUCGGUAUUUGGCAAAUCAACUGACUGAAGACAGCAGCCAGCUGAGGCCAUCCCUCAUCUCUGGCCUGCAGCAUCCCAUCCUGUGCCUACACCUUCUCAAGGUUCUCUACUCCUGCUGCCAUGUCAGUGAGCGCCUGUGCCAUCUUCUAGGGCAAGAGCCCCUGGCCUUGGAGUCAAUGUUGAUGUUGGUUCAGGGCAAGGUAAAAGUAAUGGAUUGGGAAGAGUCUACUGAAGUGACACUCUACCUCCUCUCCCUUCUUGUUCUUCGACUCCAAGAUCUGCCUUCUGGAAUGGAGAAGCUAGGUAGUGAGACUGCUACCCUCUUUACCCACUCACACAUUGUCUCUCUCGUGAGUGCAGCAGCCUGUCUAUUGGAACUACUUUGUCAGCAAGGGGUGACCCUUGACCUCCAGCCUGCAGAAUGGAUAGCUGCAGCCACACAUGCCCUGUCUGCCCCUGCAGAGGUCCGGCUGACUCCACCAGGUGGCUGUGGAUUCUAUGAUGGCCUCCUCAUUCUUCUGCUGCAGCUCCUCACCCAGCAGGGGAAGACUAGCCUGAUAAGGGACAUCGCUAGUUCAGAAAUGUGGACCAUUUUGUGGCACCGCUUUUCCAUGGCCCUGAGGCUACCCGAGGAGGUGUCUACACAGGAAGAUCUGUCGCUGUCCAGUCCACAAAGCCCAGAGCCAGACUGGACGCUAAUCUCACCCCAAGGCAUGGCAGCCCUACUGAGCCUGGCCGUGGCCACUUUCACCCAGGAGCCCCAGUUAUGCCUGAGCCAUCUGUCGCAGCGUGGAAAUAUCCUCAUGUCCACCCUGAAGCAUCUGCUUUCCUCCAGCUUCCUGCAUCAUCUGGGCCAGGCGCCCCACGGGUCUGAGUUUCUCCCUGCCGUGGUGCUCUCUGUCUGCCAGCUCCUCUGUUUCCCCUUUGCCUUGGAUGUGGAUGCUGACCUCCUUGUAGGUAUCUUGGCUGACCUCAGGGACUCAGAAGUUGCAGCCCAUCUGCUACAGGUCUGCUGCCACCAUCUUCUGUUGCCACAAGUUGAGCUGCCCAUGAGCCUCCUCACACGCUUGGCCCUCACAGAUCCCACCUCUCUCAGCCAGUUUGUGAAUACAGUGGCUGCCUCUCCUAGCCCCAUCGUUUCGUUCUUCUCAGUUGCUCUUCUGGGUGACCAGCCGCUGCUGACCUCUGACCUUCUCUCCCUGCUGGCCCACACAGCCCGGGUACUGUCUCCUAAUCACUUAUCUUUUAUCCAAGAGCUCCUGGCUGGCUCUGAUGAAUCUUAUCGGCCUCUGCGCAGCCUGCUGGGCCACCCAGAGAACUCCGUGCGGGCCCGCACUUAUGGGCUCUUGGGACACCUGCUCCAACACAGCAUGGCUCUGCGUGGGGCACUGCAGAGCCAGGCUGGAUUGCUCAACCUUCUGCUGCUGGGGCUUGGAGACAAGGACCCUGCUGUGCGGCGCAGUGCCAGCUUCGCCGUGGGCAAUGCAGCUUACCAGGCUGGUCCCCUAGGACCUGCCCUGGCAGCUGCAGUGCCUAGUAUGACCCAGCUGCUUGGAGAUCCUCAGGCUGGUAUCCGGCGCAAUGCUGCUUCAGCUCUGGGCAAUUUGGGUCCUGAGGGACUGGGGGAGGAGCUGUUACAGUGCCAAGUACCCCAGCGGCUCCUGGAGAUGGCAUGUGGAGACCCUCAGCCAAAUGUGAAGGAGGCUGCCCUCAUCGCCCUCCGGAGCCUCCGGCAGGAGCCCUGCAUCCAUCAGGUGCUGGUGUCCCUGGGUGCCAGUGAGAAAUUAGCCUUGCUCUCCCUGGGGAAUCAGUUACUGCCACACAAUGGCAGCAGUCCCAGGCCUGCCUCUGCCAAACACUGCAGGAAACUCAUUCACCUCCUGAGGCCAACCCACAGCACGUGAUUCCAGAUUCCUGGGGUCCAAGCCUCCAACCUUCCUUGCCCUACCAUUGCCAACUCUUCCUUUUUUGACUACACAAGCCACCAACUCAAAUCAAGAGCUAAAGAGUCUAAAAAAGAGAUUUACACAGGUUGCCAACUCAACUGAGAAUGAGAAACUAGAAGAGAUUUAUGCUUAAAACUCCUUCCCCCAGAUUCAGCAUUAUUUCAACCAGUAAACUUCACUGCUGUUGGCACCAGAGACGAUUCCUUCCUUCUCUACAUCUGGGGGUCUUUUCUCCCAAUAAUGUGCCUUUAGCCACAGGAACUUGCCUCCUGGACCUUAGGGAAAUACCAUCUACCUGAGAGAUCUCUUCCUUUCUGGAGCUUCUGUAAUCCUCCCAGCAAGUUCUUACUUUGGGUUCACUGACCCCAGGACAGUGAUGAAGACAGAGCCUGUUUAAGCUGUAGGCUAUUGGGAUAAAUGCCACCAGUCCCUGUUGUUGAGGAGGACCCCAUCCCUUAGCCCACAUUCCCAUCCAUGGGUGGAGUUGGGGAAUGUAUCUUUUUUUAAGUUCUGUUUAUAAAUUCUUUUAAUAAAAAAUAUUCCUCAACCUAUUUGGAGUUGCCAGAGUAAGGGGUUGGAAGGCUCAGCCUCUCUUUUAGCUUCUGGGUGGUGUUUGAAGCACUGGUGUCCAUCAUGGUUCUUAUGAGGUCCUGGUUUGGGAGUUAUUUAUGCCUUUUCCUACCUUCCAGCAUUCUUCCAUCCCAGAUUAGCUACAUGUGGUCACCUACUUCUAAUCCAAGGCCAGUGGAGUUGAAGUAGGAAAGGGUAAGAUUAAACAGGUAAAUAGGGUUGCUUUGAGAUCGCAGGCCUAGUCACUAGUUUUAAUAUUUAGUGGAGUUUCAACGUAUAGGGAAUCUCAGCUGCUAUGGUUGUUAUGUCCGUUGAGUUGGUUCCGACUCAUAGCAACCCUGUC